CUCUUGUUAUAAUUGGAUAGCCACAGAUUUUUAAGUGAUCAACAUACUAAAUUUCCGUUGACAUAGCACUCCUGGUGACACAACUAUAACAAGAUGGGAACCUGAUUUGGACAAAAGUAUCACCUGAUUGAUCUCUUUAGAUAUGCCUGCAGAUAAAGAAUUGAAGUUAUUAAUUUAUUUUUGCUUCCUUCAAAUAGAUGUAUCCAUUAUUAUAUUACUACCUCUUUUCUCUUUUCUCUACUUUCUUCCUGCUAUUCCCCUACUUCUAUUUUUUAGUAGUAGUUUAACAAAAUAUGCUUCCAAUCUUACUAAGGACUUCACUUAUCAUAAACUUAUUGCACUACUCUCUUCUUUCUCUUCCUUGCAACCAAGUUUCUUCUUCUUUCUUUGUGCAGUUACUACUUUGUUUCGCCUUUACCAUUCUUCAUUUUAUUUCAUUUAGACAUCAAUAAUAUUAAAGAAAAAUGAAAAAAA